AUGGAUAAAAAAUACUGUUUCAACUGGCCCGCCGCGGCCCCCACCCCCACCCCCGUGGGCGCGCUGCCCUGGCGGCCCCCGCAGGCCGCCCUGGCGCCUUUCUCAGGUGGCGGCGGCGGCGGCAGCAGCUUCUCCACCGCCUCCUCGCUGCCCAGCAGCUCCUCCACCGCUGCCGCCACCGCUGCCUGCGCUGCCCUGGACUCCAGCGCCUCCAACGGAGGCCGCAAGGCCGCAGCAGCCACAGCAGCCUCCGCGCCCGGCGUGCCCGUAACCCCCGCCCCCGCCGCGCCCGGCCCCGCCCUGGUGCGCGAGUGCGUGGUGUGCGCGGAGGGCGAGGUGAUGGCCGCGCUGGUGCCCUGCGGCCACAACCUCUUCUGCUUGGACUGCGCCGUGCGCAUCUGCGGCAAGAGCGAGCCCGAGUGCCCCGCCUGCCGCAUGCCCGCCACCCAGGCCAUUCAUACCUUUUCCUAA